AUUGAUCUCUAUCAAGUUCUUCGAACCAGUCUUAGAACCUUUGAUCUUUCAAUCUCUUCUUCGAUGGAUGUACCAAACGUUCUUGAGGCUGUGGGGGUUGAAUUGGCAAGGAUGAAAGCCGAGAAUAGACGCUUGGCGAUGCGGGUAAGGGCAAAGAAACUCUCAGUUAAAUGGAAGAAGAAAGAAUUGCGGAGGAUUAGGAGAGUGAACCAGCUACUUAUUGCGGAGAAUAAACGCAUGCAAGAAUUGGUCGACGAUUUUCUGCUUACGGCUGAGGUAGAUAACGAUCAUGUUCGCCAGAUGAAUGAAGCUAUCCAAGGAAUGAAUGAUCUCAACCUCCAUGGAAACUAUAAUAUUACUACUGUGAACCAAGUUCAACCUUGCUGUAGCAGUGGCAACGCGGCUGAUGGCGACAACAACGGUUAUAACCGUGGUGGUGGAGACGGAAACAACGGUGGUGGACACCAUGAGUAGGGUGACGUUGGAGCCCGUUUCACUGUGACUGCCUCUCUUGUGGCAGUAAAUAAUGGUGCAGGUCUUAAGGUUAGAGUUUCAAUAAUUUGUUGUGUUUGAGCCAAAAGGUAGCGGCUGGCUAGUGUUACUGUUUUCUUUUUUGGUGAAUUGGCUGUUUGAGUUCUUUGACCAUGCUGUUUUACUGGUGUAGUUUAACCAGUUACAAUCAUCAAUCAAAGUACUAUUAAU